UAACUAAAGUCCAACUUCCUUUGCCGAAAGAGGAUGAAACGGAUCAGCCGAUUCAACUUAGCAUUACCCGACUCGUAACUUCAAGCACAACCAUCCAUCUCAAUCCAAAAUCUCCGAUCGUCUGUGAUCCAAACCCAAACUCUCCUCCGGUUUUGGAUAUAUAGACAGUGCCUGCUCUCAAACCAACCAAGACAGCAGCAAGUUCCUAUCGAGAACAAGACGACAGAUCAAUAUGACCAAUUUCUAUAAUAUCUCGGGUGAAUACGUGAAAAAGUGUUGCUUAGCUCAGUGAAAUGGAAUAAGGAAGAGAAAGUGUAGUGUGAUAAGGGAAGAUGCAAGUCAAUUUUUAGGUUUUCAAGCAAGGGCUGAGAUAGAUAUACAAACCAGAAGAAUUCACAUCAGAACCCUUUCCUGCUUCCCCUUUUUACCCAUCGGACUCGACUCACAUUUUGAUCUCCUACGCUUGCUUUCACAGUCCCCCUACGAGCAGCCCGGAAUCAAUGAAGGAGUUCAUUCAGCACCGAGCCGAGCGAGCGUAGAUUCAAUAUGUUGAUUGUACCGAACGAAGGAUUUGCCUUAUCACGAAAGCCACAUUCGUUUCGUUUGAGGAAGUCACACGUCCUGUUCCCUAUAAAUAAGGAGAUUCAUUCUUUUUUUUCAGAAAUCCCCUCUUCUUCCUCCUCAAGCCCCUAUCACAAGACCAAGCGGAUCUCAUCCUGCAGAAGACUCAGAGCGGAUCUAUCUAAUGGCAUGGCUGGCUGUCGGAUGUGAUCUAUUCUCGUGUCACAUCGCUUUCUUUCUUCUCCCUCCAUUUUCUUCACUACUACCGCUUCUACACAUAAAUCAAAGAAGCAUUGUGGAAUAGUGGCAUUUCGUUAAUGGCUAAAAUGUUCUUAGUGAAAGGGUUGCCGCAAAACCGGCAAACUCAGAGCGGUCUCUGAAAGUGAAUAGGAGCAUAGCGGCAUCAUCCAAGCCAAACACGUCUCCUCAGUCAAGGGUCUUCUCGCGCAAAGAAGAUCAAAAACAUAACAACUGAUUUCGCUUAAUGCAUGUCACCCGCCCGCUCUCAAUACAGCAAGUGACUCUCUCUCACAAGACAGAGAAAGAUUACCGAUUCAUCCAAUCCAAUUUGAUCAGAAGUGAGUUCAUUGUUGUUGUAUAGCGAAACCUUUCCUUGACAAAACCAUUCUCAGCUAAUAGAAGCCGAGCUAUCUAUCCAGAUCAGGGUUGAACGAAGCGAAUGGAAAAGCCAAAGAAAACAUAAAUCCAUUGCGAUUAGAAACCAGUGACUCUACAGCCAGGGCUCGAUGGCGAUGUAAGAUAGAAAGAAUGGGGAGUUAGGGCUUCGGUUUCCUCUGUAGCCAGUUUCAAUUCCAAAUCAUUUGCCGACAUGCGGACUCACUUCUCUUUUAUGGGAUGACUUUUAUUAUCCAAGUUGUCUAUUUACGUGGGUGAAUCAAGUACAACAAGUCAGGUCAGAGCUUGUGGUAGAAGAUUGGGCUCUGCUACGCAGAUCCACUCAACUAGGAAAGAAGUACGCAUUGCUGACUGACUGUUUGAACGAUCCUAGUUACUAGUAGCUAAUCAAGUCAGAGUAGGGUGGCCGAGAAGCUUCUUGCCGGUGCCCCCAAAAGCAAAGCACAGACUCUACUCACCCACGCGUUUUCCACCUACGGAGGGAGAAAUCAUCGAAAUAUCCUCAUCCCCUGAAAGGGAACCCGAAAACAGGACGAGAGUGGAUAGGGUGACUAAGGAGGCCGUAAAAAUUAGUAGUGCAUUUUUGAAAGAUAAGAUUACAAAAAGGCGAGAGCAGCAUAAUUGUUAGUUAGGGGUAAGAGGGGACGGGCCCGUAUAGAAAGUAAAUCCUUCUUUUUCCGAUAUGCCGCUCCGCAAGCAAGGAGUGCCACGCACGAGCGGAGCGAAAACUAAGCAAGGGGAAUUCCGUCAUUCCAUGGAAAGCAUGCGAAAUCCUUUGAUUGUUUAUAGAAUCAAAAUAACUAUAUAGUCUUUCUUGUUCCACUUGCAAGGCAAGGAAAAUAAAAUGUCAGUUUCGUUAUUACAACCUUAUUUUUUUAUGUCAAAGACAAAAAGCUACGCGCAAAUUCUCAUUGGAUCUCGGUUGUUCUUAACAGCGAUGGCUAUUCAUUUAAGUCUUCGGGUAGCACCACCAGAUCUUCAACAAGGUGGAAAUUCUCGUAUUUCGUAUGUACAUGUUCCUGCGGCUCGGAUGAGUAUAGUUAUUUAUAUCGCGACAGCUAUAAACAGUUCCUUGUUCCCAUUAACAAAACAUCCCCUUUUUCUUCGCUCUUCCGGAACCGGUACAGAAAUUGGUGCUUUUUCUACUUUGUUUACGUUAGUGACUGGGGGGUUUCGGGGAAGGCCUAUGUGGGGUACCUUUCGGGUGUGGGAUGCUCGUUUAACUUCUGUAUUCAUCUUGUUCCUUAUUUACCUGGGUGCACUGCGUUUUCAAAAGCUUCCUGUCGAACCGGCUCCUAUUUCAAUCCGUGCUGGACCGAUCGAUAUACCAAUAAUAAAGUCUCCAGUCAACUGGUGGAAUACAUCGCAUCAACCUGGGAGCAUUAGCCGAUCUGGUACAUCAAUACAUGUUCCUAUGCCCAUUCCAAUCUUGUCUAACUUUGCUAACUUCCCCUUCUCUACCCGUAUCUUGUUCGUUCUGGAAACACGUCUUCCUAUUCCAUCUUUUCCCGAAUCUCCCUUAACGGAAGAAAUAGAAGCUCGAGAAGGAAUACCACUAAAAACCUAGUUCGCUCUCAAAUAAAAACCUAGUUCACUCGCUAAAGCAUCCAUGGCUGAAUGGUGAAAGCGCCCACCAACCUAGAAAGGCAAAAUGGGUCAAAAAGUAGGUUCGAUUCCUGCCGGAUGCACUGCCUCUUAAAGACAGAAACAGAGGAGGGAAAGAAGGUAGUAUAGGGAACUUGCUUUUGGAUUCUUAUCGAAAGUGAAUCCCUCUAACACUUCUGUUAGUGUUUUAUGAGAAAAUCUUUUAUAGACACAACAAGUGUGAAAAUCCUUAGUCACUAGGCAAGAAAGCUCGAUGGGAACAAAAAGGAUACAAUUAGUUCAGAAUCAAAAAAAUGUACAAUUUCAAAGGAAAGAAGGAAUGGCAAGUUUCCCUCCAUUGAACAUCAAUCAAUCUAGAAAUAGGUAAAGGAAGGCGUAUCACAGGGGUAUUUUUCUUUUUUCUAUUCACUUCCGUGGGGUUCUAAAUUGAAAACAUGAACACAAACGAAAUCGUAUUGAAAUUACAUAAAAAAAGAAAAGGGAGGAGUAGCUCUUGGUUUAAAGAAAAGGGAGGAGAUGGAUCGAAUUCAGUCUUUUUCCUUUCUUUGAUGAUCUUCAACACAUCUAUUUGAAUUCCCUGCGAGUGAAGGAUUUCUCGUAUGGAGAAAAACCUCUUGAGCGCUAUCUGAUCUUAUUUUUGUAUUUCAAAUAUGGGACCUGCCUUUUUAAUGGGACAUCCCGGCAACAGGCCUACUCAUGCAUGUGGCCAAGUACUCGACCAAUCCUCGGAGCGAAGGGAUGAACGAAUUCUCGAGGUCUGGUUCAUUGAGGUCAGCAUCACAUGAAACCUUUAGCACUUCCGUUCGAUAUUGGAUGGAGUAUGGCUGGAAGGUCAGCCUAGCUAGUCUUGUCAAUCGGCCCUGACUCGUCUUCUCCUUGGUACCUACCGCUAUUGAACUUCGGUACCUAUAUUCCUGAAACAAGACAGACCUUCAUGAAGACCUUAUAUUUUGGAAUAAGAUCGGACAUUUCCACAUUGAGGUGAAAUUACAUAUGAGGAAAAUAAUCCUGGACUACGAAAGCUGCCCUUGUGUGGUAGAACCAGGUCUUCCACCGGGCGGUCAGCCAAGUACUGAAGCCCCUAUCUUGAUAUAGAAUAGAAGUGAGUUCACACUAAAAAUAGAAGAAGCCCUAUGAUUUUUUAGCCCUGCUAUCAAUCACUUCGGUAAAGGGAUCGAAAGAUUAUGGUCUGAAAUAGAGAUUUGAGAGUCCCUCGUGUGAGUACGUGCUGAAGAGCAAGGAGUGAAAGUGCGUUCAUCUUUCUUUCUGCUAGUUGUUUCCUGCUAAUAGUGAUUAGUGAGUGCCCCAUACAUAGCCAAUGUCCGCCCGUGUUCACAUCCAGUCUUCUCUGUACACUAGUGCAGCUUCCAGCUCUAUGCUAUGUAUGGUAGUCGUUUGACUCGGGAAUCCCUGAUAAAAGCUUUUAGUCCGUGCCUGGCAGUUUCAGCCGUGGUCCAGUCCAGCAGCCUCUUUUCGAUCCAAGAGUCGCAUGAGAAGAAAGCUUCCGGUUAGCUUCAGUUAGUGUUAGUUAAAUAGAACGGGAACCUCGUAACUAUGCCAAGCCCGAUCUUGGUUCCAAUGCUGCAGAGAAAGGUUAUGGGUAAAAAGAAGGUCUUUAUCCUGGUGCUGCGGAGACCGGUGUUGCUGAUCGAACUCAUUUUCUUUCGAGGAGAUCGAAAAUCUCUGAAUUUCUGCGAAACGAAUUUACAUAUUUAUUGCGAGGGGCUUUGAAAAGCGAAAGGAUGAAGACUGAUUUAGAUCCUCUGAAAGCGCAGGAAGUAUGCCUUUUGAGCUUUUUCUCCACCCACCUCUGAGCAUCCUGUUGGAAUGGUCCUAGGAAAGACUACGUACGAGAAAUCAUUCUCACAGCCAACUUUCCUUCUUCUGAGCAAAUAAAUGUAGUAUUUAGUCCAACCAAUCAUUGGUGAAUCUAUGUCUUUCGUGAAAAGUGGAGUAUUUGUGCCCAAGAUCUUUCUAUUCCCUUUAGUAGGUGCACACAUCUCGUAUGGUAAAUAUACCUUUGUGCCCUAUAAGGUAAGAUUGAUUGACGGAGUCAAGAGAUGGAGAUCUUGGUUUAGCAGCGGCUGCCUGUCCUUUUCUUUCGUGAAAGGUAUGAUCUAGAGUGUGAUUCUGAUCCCGUGAUUGGGUGCUUGGCGUAGAAUGAGUGGAGCAUACUAGGAAUGCCGAAUGCUCGCUCAGUGAGGGAGCUCUGUUGGAGAAGAGUGGGACUAGAAAGAGGGAAUACCCAUGUCAGGCCAUGUAAGGCCAAUAGUUGAGGUACCUGGAUCCAGACAAAACUCCAAACAUGUAAGAAUCUACCUUGAAGCAAGGUUUCUACUGGUUAAUGCGUUCCACCCUAUUGAUGACAGCUAAUGUUACUAAAAGCUUAGAUGAAGAAAGAGCUUCUGAGCGAAGGCUUGUUGGCUUUGGUUGUUGGCGUGGAUUAUCUUGUUAAGCUCUGCAGAGAUGGUGAGCGUGAAGAAAGGACACUACCAUCAAAGAAAGACAGCUCUCAAAUGGAUUUGCUGGUCUAUGAUGACCAAGUAGAAGCAUCCGUUCCACAUAGGUGAUUUUUAUAGAAGCAUAGGCGCAAGCUCUUCUCAAAAGAAUUUCGUUUAUAGGAUUCAGUCGUCCGUUUGUUUUGUUUUGAAUUGACAUAGAGAAAUCUUUCUCGCGUUCCCUUAAUUCAGGAAUAGGUGGCGAAGGCUACUUGUUCCUUGUAUAUAUAUAUAAAGGAAAGGGGUUAUUUUUCCUUUACGGCAAUAAGAGUUGAUUCCCUUGCUUGUAGUUUUGGAUCGAUUCCGUGUAUUUCACAUAUUUAAGAGUGGUUAGGAGAGAGAAUCAAUGUUUAGUAGUAGGCCCGGUUCACCAGGUUCUACCACUGUUCGGCCCAA